AUGCAUCGAUGCUAUGAAGCUGCGAAGCUUAUCGAACAGAUACAUGCUGGAGUUUGCAGCAUGCACAUGAAUGUACUUACUUUGGCAAAGAAGAUCCUUCGAGCCGGCUAUUACUUGAUUACUAUGGAGCAUGAUUGUUGCAAGUUUGUGCAGAGAUGUCAUAAAUGUCAAGUGCAUGGUGAUUUGUUCCUAGUGCCGCCUUAUGAGCUUCAUGUUAUGAGUUCACCUUGGCCAUUCGUAGCUUGGCGUAUGAAUGUUAUCGGUCCGAUAGUGCUAGCCGUCUCUAACGGAUACAAAUUUAUUUUGGUCGCCAUUGACUACUUCACUAAGUUCGGAGUACCAGAGUCCAUCGUUACUAAUAAUGGUGCAAAUCUUAACAGUCACUUGAUGAGAGAUAUAUGUGCGCAGUUUAAGAUUACUCAUUGGAACUCAACGUCGUAUCGUCCUCAAAUUAAUGGAGUUAACGUCUAUUGGAGCUACCCCAUACUUACUGAUGUGUGGACUAGAAGCCGUCAUGCCAUUGAGGUUGAUAUACCGUCUUUGAGAAUUAUCCAAGAAGCUGAAUUAAGUAAUGCUGAGUGGGUCCGUAAACGGAUUGAUCAGUUAACCUUGAUCGAUCAGAAGAUAAUGGUUUCCGUUUGUCAUGGUAAACUAUAUCGACAGAGAAUAAUUUGUGCUUUUCACAAGAGAGUCAAAGCCAAAAUUUUUGAAAUCGGUCAGUUAGUCCUUAAGCGCAUUUUUCCUCACCAAGAUGAGUAUAAAGGAAAAUUAACCGAAUUAGCAAGGACCUUAAAUGGUUCGCAAAGUAUUAUCUUUAGGUGCUUUGGUCCUGUCGGAAAUGGAUGGCACCGCAUGACCGAAACCGAUCAACUCAAAUGCUGUUUAGAGAUACUAUGUGUGAAGAUUCAAUUUGCACUUCUUGUAACAUUCCGCAAAAUCAUAUGGCUAAUGAAUAGUCAGUAUACCCUUAGGAUAGCCUAUUAG